UUUCUGGCGCUUCAUCUCCCUCAGCUCCUCGGAGAAUCAAGGAGCCAAGUAGACUUGGCGACAGGUCAGAGGCCGCACAGGCACGACUCGGUCCAAAGCGUCAGCAGCUGCCCUAUCCCAGGCGGCCACCAGCUCCUCAGCCGAGCCAUGAGUCAGAGCCUCAGGAAAUGGUCCAAGCUCCAUCUGGAACCUAUCAGGAUCCAUCAGGCGCCUGGAGCGGAACCAUCUGGUCUGUUCUGCCUCCCUGCGGCGGGGUGUGGCGGUUAGAAAGUCAAGCCUAAGAAGGGAAUGAUCAAGGGCUCAGUCACUAACUCCCCUAUCUCAAGAUCAUUCAUCCACUGUCCAGAGACAAAAAUCAAGUCCAGAGUGUGUCCUCCCGUGUGAGUGGGUCCAUGAAUUGUUUACCUUGUAGUUUGUGAAAAUGGUGUUUAUAUCAAAAAGUUUAUUUGUUUUUAAACAGUGUAAUUUUAUAUAAGAUAAAGCACAAGAGUCCUGCUUGGCAAAGUGUUAAUGAUGUCACAAUUUCAUUACUUAACAAUAAAUGACUUCAUUGGAGGGAGAGAGAAAAAAUCUCUCACUGUCUGUAAGAAAUCUUUAUCUAAGCAACAUACUUGCAGACAGACCCUUCAGCAUUUUUCUCCAGAAUUUUUGAGAUGGGUUUUUGGUAUGUUGCUGGAAAUAUCAUUCAGUCCUGAUGUGCUGAUGAUUUUUGUUGUCUUUGAGUUGUUGACUCUGGAACUGCUUAACAGAUGUCAGCAUGAACUUAUUUGGGGCUGCUGCUACUGAAAGAAAAAGGGUAAAACCAUUGUGCUUUCUAUACCUUGGCAUCUGCCUUGGGCUUCACCUGCAGAGUUCACAUGCUGACAGCUUUUGGAUUGCCAAUAUUAACAUAUCAUUUCAAGUUGGGAAUCGGACUGUAUGGGAGAUUGCAGAAAAUGGAGUGUUUGCCAAAGCCUCGCCCUUGAAGAAGGUGUCCGGCAUCGUAAUAGCUGCAGAGGAGCCCCAUCAAAAUGCUUGUAGUUCUGUAACAAAUUUUAAAUCAGGAAAUGCAGGAUGCUGGAUAGCACUCAUCAUAAGAGGGCAUUGUUCAUUUACAAAAAAAAUAAGUGUGGCUGAAGAAAAGGGAGCAAUUGGUGUGAUCAUCUAUAAUUAUCCUGGUACGGGUAACAAUGUGUUUCCCAUGCUUAACUUUGGGAAGGAAGGCCCUGUGGCUGUUAUGAUUGGCAAUCUGAAAGGCACGGACCUUCUGCAUCUAAUUCAGAAUGGCAUCCAAGUGAUGGCAACCAUUGAUGUUGGAAAGCACUGUAACCCAUGGUUAACCCGUUACAUGGGCACCAUUUUUAUUCUUUCCUCUGUAGCUGUGGCAUAUUGCACCUUUUAUUGUGCUGGAAAGCUACGGAGAACAAGGAAUUUGAUACAGAGAUGCCAGCAGGAGCUUGAUAUUACUAAAGCCAUCAAUCGUCUUGAGCUUCGUACAUUGAAAGAGGAUGACAAAGAAGUUGGAUCAAAUGGAGACAACUGUGCAGUGUGUUUAGAAAUGUACAAGCCUAAAGAUAUAGCCCGUAUUUUACGUUGUGGGCAUCUUUUCCACAAAAUCUGUGUGGAUCCUUGGCUUUUAAAGCACCAAACGUGUCCUGUGUGUAAAUGGAACAUGCUUGGAAAUGUGGAAAGGAUUACAGCUACAGUAGAACCAUUCGGUAUUCAGCUAUCGAAUGAAGCAUCUUCUGCUAUCAAUUCUCCUAAUGAAGCCAUCUGUCCAGAAGUACCUGCAGGAAUUCAUAAAGGCUCAAAAGCUCAAUCUGGGGACAAAUGAUUAUUUUCGAUCUUGAUCAUCUUGUUAAAGAUUGAGUUUAAGGUGUGUGAAAUAAAACAUUACCUUUGA